UAGCUCCAGUCUCCAUCCACCCAUGUAUUGUAUUUUGUUAGAAGAGAGUGUUCUUCUGUGAAAGAAAUUCUUUUGAAGAGAAUGGAGUGUUGAAAGUUGAAACCUUUGUAGUUCUUUAAUCAAUCAAUCACUUCACUUGCUCUGUUAUUUUGUGUGUGUGUGUACUGUGUUCUCUUCUGUUCUGUUCUGUAAAGACUAAGGAGAUAACAACAAAUUGAUCGUGAUGACGUCACCAUUGAGCAAGGACCUCAUCUAUCUGAUUCUUCAGUUCCUCGAUGAAGAAAAGUUCGAAGAUGCUCUUCAUACACUUGAGCAAGAAUCGGGUUUGUACUUCAAUUUCAAGCAUUUUGAGGAGUUGGUGAUGAGUGGGAACUGGGAUGCAGUUGAAAAGUAUCUUUCUGGGUUCACCACAAUGGAUGACAACAAAAAUUCUAGAAAGAUCUACUUCGAAAUUCGAAAGCAAAAGUACCUCGAGGCAUUGGAUAGGCUUGACCGAGUUAAGGCAGUGGAAAUCCUUAUGAAAGAUUUGAAAGUUUUCUCUAAUUUUAAUGAGGAUUUGUUCAAAGAGUUUACUCAGCUACUCACAUUAGACAAUUUCAGACAAAAUGCUCAACUCUCUGCCUAUAGGGAUACCAGGACUGCAAGAGCCAUGACUUUGGUUGAACUUAAGAAGCUUAUGGAUGUGAAUCCUCUUUUCCAAGAUAAAAUGAUGUUCCCCAAUAUAAAGACUUCAAGGCUAAAAGUACUCACCAACCAGAGCUUAAACUGGCAGCAUUCACUUUGCUCAAAUCCUAGUCAGAAUCCUGAUAUGAGAACCCUGUUUAUUGAUCACAGUUGUAGAAGUUCCAAUGACCAGUUUCCACAGGUGAAUCCUAGCAAUCACCCGAUAAGUUCGGCACCAAGGACCGAUUACUUUCAUCCAAUGGCUGCACAUGGGCCUCUUCUUUCACCAACUACAUCAGUUGCAACACCUGUAUCGAUUCAAUCAUUAUCUACAUGGAUGCCUAUGCAACCAAAUGUAAAUCACCCAGGAGUUUCAGGAGGGGGCAUUGGCUUCGGUGCUCAAGGGAAUCCAGAUUAUUCUGCAAUGGCAAAGGGUCCUGGGGAUUCUGUAGAUGCAAUGAAAAUGAGGCCCCCUCGAAAUUCAGAACAGACUAUGUUCCCAGGAAAUAUUCCAGGCCAAAGUAACAACGAAAUUUUGAAUCUGACCGAUGACUUUCCCAAGACUGCUGCAAGAUCACUAGAUCAGAGAUCGGUUACCACCAGCAUGGACUUUCAUCCCACUCAACACACACUACUUCUAGUUGGAAAUAUUGUGGGAGAUAUAAGCUUGUGGGAAGUUGGCUCAAGGGAAAAGUUGAUGUCACAAAGUAUUCAGGCUGGUAUGGUUAAGCGAGUUUUAUGGACCCAUGAUGGUAGUGUAUUUGGAGUUGCAUUCUCUAUAAACAUCGUGCAUCUGUAUCGUUAUAAUGGUAUCAAUGACAUUAGGCAACACUUGGAGAUUGAUGCCCAUGUUGGGAGUGUAAAUGAUCUUGCAUUCUCUAAUCCAACCCCAUCCAAACAACUAUGUGUUAUAACAUGUGGUGAUGAUAAGACCAUUAAGGUGUGGAAUGUAGCUACUGGUGUAAAGUUGUUCACCUUCGAAGGCCAUGCUGCUCCUGUUCAUUCUGUGUGUCCUCAUAACAAGGCAAAUGUUCAUUUUGUCUUUUCAACAUCAGUAGAUGGAAAAAUAAAAGCAUGGUUAUAUGACCGGGAGGGACCUCGGGUUGAUUAUGAUGCCCCUGGCCGAUCAUGCACAACAUUGGUUUAUAGUACAGAUGGACAAAGACUUUUCUCAUGCGGGACAAACAGAGAUGGGGAAUCUCAUGUGGUCGAAUGGAAUGAAAAUGAAGGUACUAUAAAAAGAAACUAUCAAGGGUUUCACAAACAUUCUUUAGGUAUUAUUCAAUUUGACACAACCAAGAACCGGUUCUUGGCUGUUGGAGAUGACUAUGCUAUCAAAGUAUGGGAUAUGGAUAAGAACAAUUUGUUGACCAUUAUUGAUGCUGAGGGAAACUUACCAGCGAGUCCUCGUAUCCGCUUCAACAAGGAGGGAUCACUCUUAGCAGUUUCUGCAAAUGACAGCAUCAAAAUCUUAGCAGCAGUAGAUGGUCUUCGUUUGAUGCGCACAUAUGAAAGUCAGUCACUACUGGCCUCAAGAGUUGCAUCUGAAACUGCAAUGAUGGAUUGUGGCACAAGAAGCAUGGAGGAUGUGAUGCCAAGAUUAAUUGAACAAGCCAAGUCAGCGAGAAUGAGGAAGCAUACUGAGAUCAGUGUAAAUUCUGAGCUUCAGUCCUUAAGACUCUCAACUAUGGCUAACACAGACAAUAUCUCAAGGUUGAUUUACACAAACUCGGGUUCUGUCAUCUUGGCAUUAGCAUCAAAUGCCCUUCAUUUUCUGUGGAGGUGGAAUCGAAACGAGCAGAAUUUAAGUGGCAAGGUAACAACCAAGAUUCCUCCUCACAUGAUGCAGCCAACAUCAGGCAUGCCAAUGACCAAUGACUUGACUAAUGCUAAUCCUGGAGAGAUGGCCUCGUGCAUGGCUCUUUCCAAGAAUGAUUCUUAUAUCUUGUCAGCUUCUGGUGGGAAGAUAACUUUGUUCAAUAUGAUUUCUUUUAAGAAAAUGACAGGUUUUAUGCUUCCGCCACCGGCGGCAACUUCUGUUGCUUUCCACCCCAAAGAUAACAACAUAAUUGCUGUUGGCACCAAUUAUUCUACCAUUGAAAUUUUCAAUGUCCGCUCUGAUAAUGUCGUGGAAAAGCUUAGGGGUCAUUCCAGAAAAGUUACUGGUCUUGCCUUUUCAUUUAAUCUGAACACACUCAUUUCUUCAGGAGCAGAUUCUCAGAUUAUCGCAUGGAGCUCUGAUAAUUGGGAAAGACAAAAAAGCACGUUCUUGCAGACUCCAGCUGGAAGGACAGGAAUGUCAGACACACAAGUGCAGUUUCAUCAGGACCAGACACACUUCCUCGUCGUACAUGAGACUCAGCUAUCUAUAUACGAAGCCUCAAAACUCGAACGCAUAUUGCAGUGGGUGGCAGGGGAGUCUUCAUCUCCAAUUUCUCAAGGGACAUUCUCAUGUGAUAGCCAGUUAGUGUUCACCGGCUUUCUCAAUGGAGUAAUCCGCAUAUUCACUGCUUCAAAUCUUCAAGUACAAUGCCAGAUCAACCCCACUGCAUAUCUUCCAGCCAAUAUCAAUACUUUUCCAACUGUAAUGGCGGCGAAUCCACAAGAUGUGAACCAGUUUGCUGUAGGGUUAUCUAAUGGUGGAGUUGUUGUGUUAGAACCAUUGGAGUCAGAAGGCAGAUGGGGUAAUGCUCCACCUACUGAAAAUGGUGUUAAUGCAACAAGAGGUACUCCACUUGUUGCUGCUGCUGCUUCGGACCAAGGAAAUUUACUUUUACUGAGCUCAAAAGCUGUAAACUAAUGAAGAAAAAAAUGAAGUGUUUAGAAUUUGUACCUUUUAUUUAAGACUAAUUUGGUUUUUCAUAAUCUUUUUCCUUUUUGUUUUCAGCACUGAGAACUUAGUUGAAAAUAAUCAAGUUGUCUCACUAAUAAAGGUCCCUUUAGUUUUCUAUGA